GCUCGCUCGCUUUGGAGCGCGCCGCGCGUACGGAAGGGGACGCAUUCAUUGACAAUCCGGGGCACGGGGCGCCCCACGCUGCACAGCUAAUCUCGUCCUAUACUCGUUUUUGUCGAGAGCAUCUCUGCGAAGUACCGGACAGAUCAUCCGAGGAAAAGCAAGGACAGCUCUGCCAAUCCCCUGGGCACCGGUGUCGGAGUCUUCUCGCUGAAUAAGCGGACGCGAGCAGCAGCUCUGCGACCCCCUAUCCCAUCCUGUCUUUACCCGUUUUCUUUAGUGAUCAGUCUGGGCUGAGCUCAAACUCUCCUGGAAACCGGAUGGACACAGCGGUCUGGUUGCACUUUGCAAUCUGAGCCAAAGAAGCUUUGGUCGAUUUCUUUUUUUUGUUAUUGGAAUAAAAAGAAACUGCGCAUCGGGAUCUCUCUCGGGUUACAUUUUUCUCAAGUUCACUAUAACUGUGAUGCAUUUGUGAGUCAAGUUGCAAACCCUGGAACAUGUAAUUUUGUAUUUGUUUGCUUGGAAUAACGACGAGAUCAUAAGCGAUCACACUUUCAGGAGUUCCAUUUUUGGUGCGUAAUUCGUGCGGUGUGUGGCCGCAGAAGUACUUGUGCCUCCCUUUUUUGCGUUGAUUGUCCAGUUUUGUUCUUAUGGAGUAGGUAGAAGGUGAUAAACACUUGAAAGAAAACGCGGGUUUAUUCUGUCUUGCCUGGAACAAGCAGGCGGAUCUGAUGCGCAGAUUCUCCGUAGGAUGGUAAAUGACUGAUGGGGAAUCAUGAACAGCUCUUCUGAACUCGAAGAUGGUACUCGGCAUAAAAACCAGACAUUCUGUGAGUGUGUACCCAGCUCCUCCCAGCUCAAACAUCGCUGGUCAGACUCAGAAACUGCCAGGGAGACCCCGGCCAAGAGGAUGAGCUGCAGCUACCUGCUCUGUACCAUCCUCCUCUUUGUGGCUGUAUUGCUCGCUGUCACUGUGACUGGCACCAUCCUCUUCAUGAAUCACUACCAGGCCCCACCCAUGUCCGAUGGCCUACCCCACAUCUCCACCAAUCAGGAUGAAGCGAACGCCCUGGUCACCGUCGAGAGAGGCGACGGCUCUCGCAUCAACAUCUUCAUCGACCCUAACUGUCCCGACUAUAACAGUAACUUUUUGCGCCUGGAGGGUGUGCAGACGUCGCUGCUCCACUCGCUGACCGACCACGACUCCGACCUGAAGUCGGUGAAAGGCCAAGAUCGGGCUCUGCUUGUCAGUCUGGCUGAGGAGGUGGCCAAGCUGUCAGCGCACGCGGGGCAACUGAAAAUGGACUACGAAUCCCUACGCAGGGGGCAAGGCAGCCUGGGUCAGGACCUGAACACGCUGCAGACUGAGCAGGGACGCCUCAUACAGCUGCUGUCAGACAGCCAGAUCAACAUGGUGAAGGUGGUGAACUCGGUGAGCGACGCUCUUAAUGCCAUGCAGAAGGAGAACGUGGGCCUGAAGGCACGCGUCAAGGCCGACCUACAGAGGGCACCAGUCCGAGGGGCCCGUUUGAAGGGCUGCUCCAAUGGCUCGCGCCCACGUGACUGCGGCGAUCUGUACGCUAGUGGUCAGAGGGAGGAUGGCAUCUACUCCGUGUUUCCUGUUCACCACCCUGCAGGCUUCCAGGUCUACUGUGACAUGACCACAGAUGGAGGAGGCUGGACAGUGAUCCAGCGCAGGGAGGAUGGCUCGGUCAACUUCUUCAGAGGGUGGGAGUCCUAUCGUGAGGGAUUUGGCAAGAUUACUGGUGAACACUGGCUUGGCCUGAAGCAGAUCCAUGCCCUGUCCAUCCAGGGCAACUAUGAGCUGCGUAUCGACUUGGAGGACUUUGAAAAUAGCACCGCAUACGCCCAGUACGCCACCUUUGGAGUGGGCCUCUUCUCGGUGGACCCUGAUGAUGACGGAUACCCAUUGACUGUGGGAGACUAUUCUGGAAAUGCCGGUGACUCUCUACUGAAGCACAACGGGAUGAAGUUCACCACCAAAGACAGGGACAACGACCACUCGGAGAACAACUGCGCCUCCUUCUACCACGGUGCCUGGUGGUACCGCAACUGCCACACCUCCAACCUUAACGGCCAGUACCUGCGCGGCCAGCACACGUCCUACGCAGACGGCAUCGAAUGGUCCUCCUGGACGGGCUGGCAGUACUCACUCAAAUUCUCUGAGAUGAAGAUACGGCCCACCCGCGACGCUGAAAAUAAAUGAAACUGACAAAAGAGAAGAAAGAGGAAAAAGAAUACAUUUUUGAAAACAUUACAAACCAGACAGCUACAGGCAGAAUAUUUGUCUUGAUAUUGUUUCUUCACUAAAACAUACCCCUUAAGUUUAGUUGCUGUUUUUUGCUCCUGAUGUCUCUCAACCCUCCUGCUCUUCUUCCUCCAUCACUCAGCUAUACAAGUCAUGCUGGCUGCCUCAAUCCUUCCCCCUGCUCCCUUUCUUUAAAAGAAAAUAAUGUAUUUGUGACGCUCUCAUUUUUAGAUCGUUCCGUUCACAAAAAUGUUAGACCAGAGCCCUGAGCGCCCCACAGUCCACUGCCCAAGCUUUACUCAGUUUGACAUGGUGGUCCAAACAUCCCCCACAGAAUCACACACCAGUGAUUCCUCCUGGCAUGUAACUCUGACCUCCCAUCUGUGCUGACAUGGCACUUAGACUGUCGUUCAGUCUCGCUGCCCGUUGCAAUCUGUGAGUGAAGAGGGCUGCCUCCAAAUAUGACAUAAAAAAAAAAAAAACAGGAAGACGAGAAGGGAAGGAGAAGGAAGUGUGGUGUUUCAGCAGCGAGGAGGGGACAGUGCAGAGUGCGACAUGUCACAUCUAUCCAGCAGCGUGGCGGUGGCGAAGAGGAAUAGCCGGGUCUCGGAUAAUGAGAGGCAGAGAGAACGAGGACACAAUUUAAAGAUGGUUAAAUUAGUCGAAGAGAAGGAGGGCCGGGUGAAUCAAAGGGGAGGGUGGAAGUGGAAGAUGCGGAUGAAAAAGAGGAAUGAGGAUAUUGUUCAUCUGACUUGAGCCAUUAGGGAGCAUAUUGGGCACUGUCUGAUCUGCCUGCCAGCUGAGGACUGGCCAAGUGAUGCAGCACUCACAGAUGGUAACCCAGCACUUUGCGUGUGUGUAUGAAAGAGAUAGACAGAGAGUUUUCCCAACUAUUGGUUUGCUGUCAGGGGUUCAGUGGAGCGUCUCGAAUGACUACAAUGUUUAGACUAAACAUGAAAACAUGAAGCACGGCUGGCAUACCUUCACUCUCUCCAUGAACCAGUUAACAUAAAAUAACAAAGCCUCUAAUGUAUGUACAUGUAAGACUGGCAGCAGUAAGAACAAGACCUCGGGACCACAGGUUGAAUGUUUAAUUAAAAAAGUCGUCACAUUUUUGCCCCCACGUCAGACAUGUUGACAUAAUGGUACUUUGCGUUGAAGCUCCCAUUCCCAAAUCUGUUGUUUGUCCUGGUUCUUUUUUUUUUCUCCCCUUCAGGGGAUUAUUAUGGGAUUUGUUUGUGUGAACAGUUUGGCUCGUCAUGCAAAGAGAAUAAGUUGCUGUAAAAUAAGAUCUGUCGCUCUCAAUCAAUUUUUUCUUUCUGUUGAGUAGGAAUUCUAGUGUUGCAAAAACAAAAAUUGCCUAAAGCAAACCAAAAAAAAAAAAGAAUGACAGUAAAAGAAAAUAUGUUAUGAAAAAAAAACACACUUUGGCGGAAAAGUGAAAUCCAGAAAUGUUCCGUCCCUCUCGUUCAUUUAUUUUUUAAAUCGGUGAAUCCACUUUUUUGCAGCUUCAUCGAUUUUCUUUUGGAUGUACUGAAAGCUUUAAAAAUAUCUGUAGAUUUUAUUGUACAGUGUGUAUGACUUUUAGAGCAUGUGAAUCUGUUUUCUUACUAUGCUAAAACACAAAGAGAACUGAAGCACAUGGACUUAAACAAAAUCCACCGGUUAUAAGAAAAAAAGAGUAAAUAAAUAAAGAAAAGAAAUGUAUUUACAGAACUUUUUUCCUUCCUCCAGCUGAACGACAGGUGGGAGCAGCACCUGCGAUGCUCUGAAUACGAGCGAAAAUGGAGGGAUGCGAAUACGCCUCAAGCACAUACCCAUUCAAAUCUACAGCACAAAUAUUACAGAGGCACAAUAUGUGGGGGAUUUGGAACCUCUUGGCACAAAGAGCUGCCUCGCUGGAUGUUUUGCGACCUCUCUGACAUCUUGGCUUCCGAGAGUCCUGUGGCAAACAGCGGGGUUUUUCGAAAUUGUGUGCUGAAGGGUGUCACCCCAGCUGACGGUGAAUUAAAUGUGUAGCACAUGAGCAGGGUUGCGCCGAAUACCUCUAGACACUGGAACAGCUGUGACUUUUUCUGUCAUCGCCGGUGCUCAGAACGAUCUCCCGUCGCUGUCUCCGCAGCGCCUCGGCUGUGUGACUCAAAAGUCUUCGACAUCCAAGCACAGACAUGUGACAGACACCUGCUGAUGUCAUGGCACAGAGUGUCGAGGUGGCAUCGUGUCAGAAGAUUUAAGAUGAGAUGGAAAAUGUAUGAAGCCUCUUAAGGAAACGGAAUCGGACUGAGCGUGGGAACGUAUGCAAAUGUGUGUGUGUGUGUGUGUCUCUGCACUGAACAGAGCAUAAGUGUGUGUGUGUGUGCACACGUGUGCGUCAACAGUGUCUCUGUGUGUACACAUAUAUGCACAUGCUUCGGUUUGUACAUGCCCCUGUGCAUGAGCCAGAGGAGGGAGCGGGAGGCUGAGUCUCUCUGCAGAACUUUGAAGUAACGUGAUGCUUAUGUACAUCUUGCCUCCCCCUGCUAUUUGUGUUGAUAACAGAGAGAAAAUUAUAAAGAACUAUUACUUAUUGUGAUUGUGAACCCAUUAGAGUGGAUACACCAACUUCUGGUACUGUGUUGAACUGCGCCCCCCCCCCCCCAGAGAACCCCCUCCCCCAAAGUGUUUAUCCUUUCACCUCAACACGACGUUGUGCUCAUUGUAUCAUUGUACAUGUUAAUGCUCCUUGUAAUUUAACUGUAGAGUUUUAUUUGCCAUGCCCCUCUCUGUGUUCUCGUGGAGGGAAGGCCUCUGCAGCUUGCUGAGUCUCAGACGGAAGAAAUGAUAAAAGAGUGAAAUCUGAGGCUCUAAUGAUUCCGAGUUAUCCCGCUCGUUACAGUGCAUCAGCACCAUCCUGAUCGAUCCCUGAGGUCCCCCCAAACCUUCUAUCUUUCUUACUCUGUACCUCCUUAAUUGCCUUAGCCUCCGCUGCCAAUUCCCGCUCACUCCAUCCCUCUAAAUUUUCUCCUCGCCUCUCUGCAGACCCCCAGCAUCUUUAUUGCCCCGUUGUUUGCCCCCUCCCCCCCACACCCUCCACUCGUGGCCCACCUCCCCGGCCCUCAGUCCUCCCAUUUCCGUCCCAGCGCAGAACUAACUCUGUUUUCCUUUUCUUUUCAUCUUUGGUGAAGUACUAUAGAUUGUUUUUGCUGAAUCUUGAU